UGAUGAACGCAACAGGCGGCAAUAACAACAAAACAAAACAAUAAAGAGUUUCCCGCAACUUAAGCAGAUAGAAAAAAUACAAAGUUAUGGCUUUUAAAGAUAAAUUGUGAUGAAAUGCCAAGAAGGGAAUUAGUGGCUGCACAAGUGUGUUCCAGUAUACUGUGCAAUAAUUCAGAUUUAGCGGCAUUACUAGCUAAAAAAUAAUGCUUCGUACGUUUAAAAACUUAUUUACAACUGGCGCUAGUGCAACUGAAGAAGAUGCAGAAGCAGAAUUGAAGCAAGUAUGGCCAAAGCGAGAUUCUGUAUUGAUAUAUACAAACUUUGGUAAGGAAUUGCUGCUGAAAUGCGCUGAUGUGCUCAAACCUGAUGCAACGCAAAUAAGUAUCGAAAGUUUUAUGGAAACAUCGGCAAAAUUUCCAAUAAAGUUCGGCACGGAUACGUGUCGUGUAAUGAGUCAGCCGGCGGAACGUUAUGCAGAAAUCACUAAGCAAAUUGCAUCUGCCUAUCCCGUAAUACAUGAGCGUGUGCUGCAUUUGUAUUUGGCUUUUUUGGAGCACAAAAUAAAAUACGGUACAGAUAUAGAGCGCGAAUUGUACAAUGGCAUGACGCUAACAGCUUUGGUGCAGCGAUUGCUGGAGAAGCGUUGUGUCUCCUUUGUAGGACCGCUGGAUCAUUAUUUGUUGAUGAGCGGCGAGACAGGUUUGGGUAAAUUUUAUAAUGUAGGUACGCCGAAAGAGGAAGCACCAUUUCUGCUGAAAGAUGUGCUAAGCUAUGAUGAAAUGAAACUUUCUGCUUUCCUAUCUGUAUCAUCAUACACGGAAUUCCUAAACGAUGGCAAUCGCAGAAACGCUGGCAUAAUCGAAGUGGAUAAAUCCAAAAUAGAACGGGUUGGUGUUAUAGUUGGCAUUAUUGGUGCACGCUUUCAAGCACGCGAAGCUAUGGACUGGCAGGACAUAAUAGUGAGCAAAGAGCAAAAUAUUAAAAAACACGGUUACGGUUAUACAGCUCAAGAAGCCACAAGUACAACGAAUCCUGCUGUUAAUUAUCGCAAUUUGUGGACAAGUUUCUAUGAGCAACAAGAUUUGCUAUAUGAAAAUAUAAGCGGUCAAAAUAGGACACGUUUCUACAAAAUACCAAACACUAUGUAUAUUUUCGAUAAUUUGAUGAUGAAAAAACGCUACACUGUAUCUUUCGAUACACUCUUGUUGGAGGCUAAUGCGCGUGGCGCUGCUGCAAGCAAACAAGUGUAUUUACAUGUGGUUGGCAUUGGAUUAGGCGCCUGGCGCGCUGUCAUGCAUCAGGAUACAAUUUUCCUUGAGACCUUUGGCGAACGUUUGCAAGAACUAUUACCCUGUUUGGGACACAUUAGCGUGGUACAUUUUUCUUAUUUUAACAUGACGGCAUGGGCGAAUCUUGAAGAUGGUGGUGUAUUAGCUGCCGAGUCGCACCCAGCUGGUGGCAUUAAGAUAUUCCUUAGCAAUAGGAACCCAGCGCAAAAAUUGGAAAGUGAAUUUGAAAAUAUGCUUGUGGUGGAAUCGUAUGCAUGGGAUGGUAAUGCGUUGCCUGGAAACGAAUUCUGGCAUGGUUCUCUAAUAACUUCCAGCGACCCUGCAGCCGCCUGCAGCACACUCAUCACAGAACUACACAAUCCACAUAUCAACACAAAAAUGGUGAAUGGUGAAAAUUUGCAUGUAGCAUCAGAUCGUUUUGGUGUUUUACAUAUUUCAGAUUUUGCAAGAAAAGUGCUCCUCUAAAUUAAUUAUUAAUUAGUGUAAAUUUUAUAACAAUUUGCAAUUGUUGAUGUAUUGCUUUUAUGUGUAUGAUUGAAAUAAAAUGUAUUUUUCUAAUAUAUA